UUAUAUGAGAAAAAGAGCCCGAGAUUUAUUGAUUCAAAAACUUAAUUAAUUUAACAUUAGUGAAACGUUUGAAUCUCAGGAAGCGAAAUGGAAUUUCAGAUAAUAAAUUAAAACCGUAUUAAUAUAGUUUUUAUAUAUAAACUGAAAUAAUCAUGACCAAUUACUGUAUAAUUAUUGCUGUAACUCUACUGACUUUUAUUAUAACAUUCACAAGAGUGUCCAGCCUAGAAUGUUAUGUUUGUGAAAACCAAGAGGACAAUGUUGAGAAAUGUGUAAAAACUAUAAAGACAUGUGAAUAUAAUCAAGAUGUUUGUUUGACUGAAAUUAAAUGGGGCAGUACACCUUACUGGUCUCAAGGCGCUAAGAAACAGUACUAUGUAUCCAAGAGAUGUUCUAACAAAACUGAAUGUGCAACUACCAGACAUCAUUAUAUGCCACUGUGUACGCACAUCUGGUACCAAGAUUGGGUGUGUUCAGAUUGCUGUCAAGGUGAUCGUUGUAACUAUUAUAUUAUUAGUGCCAGCACAUCAACUAAACCAAUAUUGAUUGGAAUUUCUGGAAUAGCACUACUAUCAAUUUUAUUUUAAGACAUUAAGCACACAUAGUUAACAGAUAAUAGUUUUACAAUAAAACUAUUAUCUGGAUGAACCUAAUAUAAUUAAUUGUAGCAAGGUAAUUUUAAGAAAUUUUAUUCCAUCCAAUUUAUUUUUGUAACUUGUUAUGUUUAUAUCAUAAAAUGCCUUAUAUACUUAGUUUUACACUAAAAGUAUGAUCUGGAGUAACCUAAUGUAGGUAAUUGUAAGAAAUCUUAUUCUGUCCAAUUAUUUUUUUGUAACUUUGUGAUGUCUAUAUAAGAUAAUGCCUUAUAUACUUAGUUUUGCACUAUAAGUAUUAUCGGGAGUAACCUAAUGUAGGUAAUUGUAAUGAAAUUUUAUUCCGUCCAAUUUUUUUUUUACUUGUAAUGUCUAUAUCAUGAAAUGCCUUAUA